AUGCUGGUUCAAAAUCCUACCUUUCCAUGGUUUGCUGUGACUGCUGAUUAUUGUCCAUCCUCCUCUACUCAAUCUGCUCAAACCCAGCCAUUUGCACAGGUUUUUGGAUUAUCUGUGCCAAUCACAAGAGUGCUUAGUCCUAAACGAUCACUGAACCACUCUCAUUUUACAUUAUUUCCGACUGGUCAUAGUGUUGACACUCAAAGUCAUAAUCAACUGAGCUCUGGAGAUUGCUGUUCUAAUAUUUUUGCACCUUUAAUCGCUACCAUGCCUCGUUACUCACGUUCAAAUGAAAAUCAGGAUAUAGAUGUACCAGUUUUCACGGAGCCACUUGGCCCAAUCGCAGCUGGAUGCAAACGUGAUGCUUCUGCAGUGUCAGCAAAUUGCACUAUUCUCCCUAUUACUACAACAGCUAACAUCCCAUUGGAUACUAAUGAUCAGUGCACUAUUUAUCUCCCACCAAAACCCAAAGAAUCGGAGAGAAUGAUGCAUAUUCAACGAUGGGUAAAUCAUCUCCCCUGGAAUCUGAAUAGCGCGUGCGAUGCCUCUGGUCGGUCUCAUGUACCUUAUCCUAUCCCCGUUCGUUCUCACAUAGAUGAUGAUCGUGAACUAACUCCCCCUCCUGGUCGAACUUACUUAACUAGACUACCAUUUACACCUGAGGAACAACAAGCCAUGGUUCGAUUCUUCCCUUCUCAUACAAGUCAGUUUCGUCACCAACAUCAAGCACACGCCGUUCCGGAUUCUCAGCCUCGGUACCACACCUUCCCUAAUCACUGUCCGAAUCAACAAACAUCCAAUAAUCAUCAUUUUUCAUCAUCCCAAAGGCCUAGUCAGGAAGCCUGUAAUGUCUUUCCUUCCGUGAGAAAUAUUCCCGAGUAUGUCAAUGAGAAUAAUCGGAAACGUGGGCAUGAAGAUAUCGGAGGUAGUCGACUUUUUGCAGAUUGGGAGACCAGACUUAUUAGCCGACUUUUUAAAGAGUUCUUCCACGGAAAUCCUAAACCUAAUGGUGUAUGUGGUACACUGCCCUCUCUUAGUGAGGUUCGAUCUCGUAUAGCCUCUUCGCGUCUAAAAGAAACAAGAACAGCUACAGCUGUCAGAUCCAAAAUUCGUCGGAUGCAAUCAUCCGGUACAUGGAUAAAAUAUCAAUGA